AAAGUGACACACGUAAACACUACCAUUAAGCAAAGAGAGAAAGAGAACAAUAGUUGCCAAUAGAACGACUUAAGCAAACUGAGGUUAGCUAUGUUAGCUGGUCACCAGUCACCGUUAGGUUGGUUGAGCGUCAGCUCCGCCCCGUGGUUGCUCAGCUGUUCAUGUCAGAUAAACGUUAGCUAACGUUACGUAUUCAUGUACGACCAGAGGCAGGCAAAAUUGUAUAUUUUUCAUCAACUAAACAGUACAACAAGCUGCCAUGGCCUCAGGUGGGGCCCCAGUGCCAGGGCCCAGCCAUUGGGCCACCAAGGUCGAGCUGACCAUCUCCUGUGAGAACCUCAUGGACAUGGAUAUCUUCUCUAAGUCUGACCCUCUGUGUGCUUUAUACAUUAACACUUCAGGCUCCAACUGGUAUGAGUUUGGGCGCACAGAGAUGAUCCUGAACUGCCUGAAUCCAAAGUUUGCCAAGAAGUUUGUUAUUGACUACUAUUUCGAGAUGGUCCAAAGGCUGAAGUUUUGCGUGUAUGAUAUUGACAAUGACACCUAUGAUCUGAGCGAUGAUGAUUUCCUGGGGGAGCUUGAAUGUACCCUGGGCCAGAUUGUUUCGAACAGGGAGAUGACUCGACCUUUGUUGCUGGAGGACAAGAGACCCGCAGGUCACGGGACCAUCACAAUCUGUGCUGAAGAAAUAACAGACACGAGAGUGGCAAACUUUGAGGUGUCAGCCCGCAGGCUGGACAAAAAGUAUUUGUGGUGGUCGGACCCUUUCCUGGAGUUCUACAAGCAGACAGAAACCGGAUGGCAGCUGGCUCACAGGACAGAGGUGGUGAAAAACAACCUAAACCCAACAUGGAGACCCUUCUGCAUCUCAUUGCGAUCUCUCUGUGGAGGACAUGUGGAGAAACCUAUAAAGGUUGACUGUUACGACCAUCAUGUCAAUGGCAUCCACGACCUUAUUGGAAGCUUUAAAGCCACACUGGCAGAGAUGCAAAUGGGAACUCACAUUUCACCGGCUGAAUUUGAGUGCAUUAACCCAAACAAGUUAAAGAAGAAAAACUACAAAAACUCUGGUGUCAUUUGCAUCAAGAACUGCCAGGUGGUGAAGGAGUAUACCUUCCUGGAUUAUAUUAUGGGAGGAUGUCAGAUCCACUUCACUAUUGCCAUCGACUUCACAGGCUCUAACGGGGAUCCCAGCAGCCCCCAGUCUCUCCACUAUAUCAACCCUGAAGGCUAUAAUGAGUACCUGUCAGCCAUCUGGGCAGUGGGUAAUGUCAUCCAGGACUACAACAGUAGCAAGAUGUUUCCUGUCUUUGGUUUUGGAGCCCAGGUGCCUCCCUCCAUGCAGGUUUCCCAUGACUUUCCUGUCAAUUUCAAUCCAGCAAAUCCAUUCUGUGCAGGCAUUGAGGGUGUGGUCCAUGCCUACCGGCAGUGUUUACCUCAGGUGAAGCUGUGGGGCCCCACCAACUUUUCUCCAGUUAUCAACCAUGUAGCCUGCUUCACCCAACAAGCCAUGCGGCAGAAUAUGGCCUCACAAUACUUUGUGCUGCUCAUCAUCACAGAUGGAGUGAUCACAGACAUGGACCAGACACGCACUGCUAUUGUAGAGGCCUCUCUUCUGCCCAUGUCUAUCAUCAUAGUGGGCGUGGGUGGGGCAGACUUCAGCGCAAUGGAGUUCCUUGACAGUGAUGACAAAUUGCUGUGUUCCCCCAGCGGUAAUUUCGCCUCAAGAGACAUCGUCCAGUUUGUGCCCUUCAGAAGGUUCCAAGGAAACAGUGUGGCCCUUGCCCAGAGCGUGCUGGCAGAGCUGCCUGAUCAAGUGGCCUCCUACUUCAAUUCUUACAAGCUGAAACCCCCCCAAAUAGAUUGAGUGUUUCUGGCCCGUCCUAGAAAGAUGGGUUAAAUUAACCCAAAUACAUGUGCUUUUCCGCCUCUCCUGCACCAUAUUUUGGCAUUUAUUGUUUCGCGAACUGGUGUAAAUCAAUGAAGAGAAAAGAAAGAAAAGAAAAGACGGAUGUGGGGUAAAAAAUAAACUAUACAAAGUAUACUUAAAUUUAAAAUCUGUGAUCUUAUUUUCUGUAAUCUUUAAAAUUUGACUUGAUAUAAAAUCCAUAAACAAAGAGCUGCUGUGACCAAGAGACCUGAUAGCUUGUAUAGUGCAUGAUAACACCAAGAAAUCCCAAUAAAAGUAAUCAGAAUAUCCUCUGUGGACUACAAAUAUAUCACUUGACAUGUUGGGAUGGCUUUGUUGAUGUAAUGUCCCUGUGCCUUGUAAAUGUCCCUGUGCCUUUUUUCUGUCUUUUCCCUUCUCUGUUUGUAACCCAUAUUAAAGUUUUGUGUCUUAAUCCUCAAACCAUGUGAGAAAAGGUCAGGCACUGGAAAGGUUGUUUUCAGCACUAUAGACAUCAUGCUAAUGUGACACUAUUCUUUCCGACCUUAUUGACGCAAGUCCUUGUUGCUUCUGUAUAUGCGAGCAAAAUUUACUUCAUGUAUAAGAUGAUGUGAUUUUAAGUGUGAUGUUUAGUUUAGUAGUAAGUUUGAGCUUUGCCCCAAAACUGUGGGUUUUUGAAAAAGAAAAUAUUUUUAACUAAUCUGUUUUUUCACUUGCAUCAGUGCUGAUCUAUGUUCAUCGCAGAGAGACUGAACUGUUAAGCUGUUGCUUCCUCUGUGACUGCAGUAUUACUCUGUGUAUGUAUGUGUGUGUAAUCUUUGGAGGCUUAUACAGUACCAAUGCUAAGUGGGAUGGCUGAUGCUAGCAGAAACAACACAACAAACAUAAUCCACAAAAACCCCACUUGAUGUCACAAGUGAGUCUGUACAUUGUGUCCAUGAAUGUCCACAGGUCUCCUCUUAGCGCUGUCUGGAUGUGAGAGACCAUUAUGGUCUACUGAAGCUCCCCUUUUGUCUGACUAUCUCAGCUUUGACCAAAGACUAGUGUUUAAAUCAGGUUGAAAGUUUUUUGACUGGGAUUUUUGCUGUGGCAGUGUUGGGGGAGAGCCAACAGGGGCCUGUGCCCCUGUAACACAGACCUUGGACCCCCCCUAUGGCCCCCCUCUGAACGAAAAGUCUACAAUAAUUAUAGUAAUAUAUCGUCCUUGCGACAAUAUGGCGCUAAUGUGAAAGGCAGAAGAAAUGUGUCUCAACUAGUCGAAUCCUUUAGGACGUUACACCGCCGCUGUCUGGUGGUAGUUAUCCCUGAUAGAAAUUCAUGCACGCGCACUCCCUGCUGCGGGAGUGCGCGUGCAUUCAACGGUGAAGGCGGACAUUUGACUUCAAAUGAAAAAUAUAACGUGGAUUGUUUCACCUAUCUUUUUAGUAUUGUUUUAUCAACGAGGUAUUUGCAGAGCAGCUAUUACACGGAUUAAAAAUGCUUUAUAGGCUAAUGUUAACGUUACGUGUUAUUGAGCUUCGUAUUAUUCAUUGCACUGAAUUGAGAAUGUCUAAACAAGACUAGCAGUUUCAGUUUCCCCCGUAAAGCAAACAUUUAUUUUGCGAUAGUCUGACAAUGUUAUAACUGACCACGGAGUUGAUCACUUAGUCAUCCAUGUUACUCUUUGGAAGCUAGAUACAGACAGGCUGUCACCUUUUUCAAGUAAGCUGCUCCUACAAAUAUAAACGCCAUCAAAACUGUAAAAUCAAGAUCACUGUAAUCAGUUUAACACAUUACUCGCCUCAAUGUUACAACUACUUGACUCGAAAUGUACAUUAAACUGAAUGCAGCAUUGUAGACAAA